AUGGGUCAACAAAAAAGGGUUUCAAGACAUUCAAAAAAACAUGGAAAAUUUAGAAACAAUCAUGGUGGUCAUGGAGUCCUUGAGUCUUUCCACUUUGAAGAUAGUCCUAGAAAGGAUGAAGAUGUUCAUGGUGUUCUUAUUUCUCGUGAAACUAACUCAAGUUCUUCUUCAUGUACUGCCGUUUGCGUUAGUAAUCACAGCCAAAAAGGUAACUUCUUCACCAACUCUCCUAUUAUUUCUGAGAUCCAACCCACUGCAAAUGACGUUGGUGAGGAAGUGAACUCCCAUGCGCCUGCUCCUGUUGACCUCCUUGUGAAUGUUGAAGCUACAGCAGCUUCUAUCCUCGAUUCUGGAGUUGGAACUAAGGCAGGAAAACCCUUUGAAGUUCUCUCUCAUGCCCCAUCCGAAGUUCCGGGUACUAGUUUUGGUUCUCAUGCUAAUGAUAUCCCAAAAACCCUAAACCCUAAACCCUAA